AUGACUACGGACGGCAACCACGAAUGCUUCUUCCUCACGCGCCUCCCAGGCGAACUCCGCUCUCUCAUCUACUCCCACAUCCUCACCUUCUCUCGCCCCCUCAAACUCCGCCAAAUCGUAGCCGGAAGUCCCAAUACCUCCAUCCUCCGCACCAGCUCUCAGAUCUACUCCGAAGCUCUGCCCGUGUUCUACAGCUGCAAUACCAUCCUCUGCUCUCGCAAUGACUUCUGCCAACACACCGAUUCCGAAGACCUCCAAACCCCUCUCCAUCGGAAAGAUCAGAUUCAAAAUCUGUUAGUCAAGAACUUUUCUCAAUCUAUCAAAUGCUCCUCGUACUCGGGCGGGAACAACAUGUUCCUCGCCGGAUGCUGUGAAGUCUGUCAGCCUACCGCAACAGGCUUCCUGCAAGUUCUGACCUCGGGAUAUGCUUUCCCGAAGCUGAAGUCCGUGGUCAUCGAUUAUCACAAUCAUGUUGGCGAAUUUGGGUACGUCAAAGAUGUGAUGCGCAGAAACGCGAAGCUCGAAACGUUGCGGUUGCAUCGCGAGUUGGUUUGUACCGGCAUGGGACAAUUCGAGUUGCGCGGAACAUCGAUUGUGCUCGAAGGUCUGAAAGUGGUCUUUCGUGACGUGGCGAUGAAUGAGAUCUGGAAUCAAUUCGAGAAGCUGGAGAGCUCGAUUUCAAUAUACGGAAUGCCUGAUGAAGUGGCGAUUCUGCAGAAGAUGAGAGAGGAUUACGAUCGUGAUUUACCGGAUCAGCUGUAUUUUCUUAUGUGUGGGAGGAAGUCGAUGCUGUGGCCGAGAUUGUUUGAGGUGAUAGAUCGGUUGUGGAAGAAUUUGGACAAGGUGAGAGAGGAGCGAGAGGAUGAAGCAGUCGCGAUGGAGGAGUUGUAUGAUGAGGUCGUGCGCCUGACGAGAAGAUUCUCAAGGAAUGAGACCAAUCCAUUGUUGAUGAUGCUUAGGACCGAAGAAGGAAUCAUGGCGAGUCAAGAAGUGAUUGAUCUCUUGACGGAAUUCCAAAAGCGUGAAGGCGUAGAAGAUGUCACACAAUCAAUGGCGGCCAACGUUGUGGCCGCCAGCCUCGCCGCCGCAUCCGAAGGCCACCAAGUCGUCAAACUCUACCGCCACGUCUGCAAAGACCUCCCACUAGAAAAACAGAAACUCGUCCAACGCCGCAUGAAAGAAGCAAUCCUCAAGACUGGUCCCAUGUACGGCUCCCCGAAAAUGCUCCAAGCCCUCUUCCCACUCUUCAAAGACUUGAAAGACGAGGAAAUCGAUCACUAUGGUCCGAGCCACAAACAGAAGAUAAAUCUUACAAAAGAUGAAUCCUCUAGGCAUGAAUCCAUAAAUGGAGACCUCACCUCACCCUCCACCCCCCUCAUCCCUCCCCACCGCCACGAACUCGGCCAAACCUUCUUCACCCAACUCUGGGGCUCCCCUUCCUCAAGCUCCGCCAAUCAAGCCUUCAACCUCAAAUUCCAUCCCGAUUUACAUUUCCUUGUCUCCUUAAACCUCGCCUGGAUCGUAGCCGAAGAUACAAUUUUCUCUUUUGCGGAAACUUGUAUGUUGAAUUCUGCUACGAUGUUUUGUUCGAAUAAUGCGGAGCAGGCAAUGUGGCAUGUUAGAGGGAUUGUGAGACAGGGAGGGACGAGGGAGCAGGCGCAAUGGACGCAGGAUUUGGCGUUGAGGGUUGCGGAAAUUUGUGAGGUGAGGGUUAAGAGGGUUGUGCCGUUUGAGGAGAUUGCGUGGGAGGAGAGGGGGGAUCAUACGAGGUGA